UUCUCUGAGAUCGUCAUCACCACUUCCGGAUCAGCAGAAAAUUAAACAAAAAAGAAAGAAGUUAUAGUACUUGGAAAUUUGUGAUCCCGAAUUUCUUCCGAGUCUCGGUUUUCAGAAAACCCUAAUCAGAAACCCUAGAUUCAUUCCCCAUUUUUGGAAGAAAGGGAGAGUUUUUCUCGGGACCCAGUUUCAGUUUCAGUGUAAUAUAACCGUAUUUCAGUUGAUUUGGGCGCAACUAUUGUAUUUCUGAACCUUUGCUUUUGUUGUUGUUGUUGUUGGGUGUUGAAUGCCCAGAAAGAGAAAUCAAAUUUGAUUUAAUAUUUGUUGAGUUGGAAGUGAGAGUGUGGCAUUGGAGAGUGCAUUGUUCGAAAUGGUGAAGUGGGGUGUGAGAGAAAUUGAAGGGUGAGGAAUGAGAGGAUCAUAUGAAGGGUUUGUUGAGAUAUAAUGUCUGGAGGUGGAGGUUCAUUGAGUCUUGGUAUUCGUUCUUCAAGUUAUGGGUCUUUGGAUAAACAGCUACAAAACGGUGUGUCGUCUAUUCGCAAGCCUUCAAAGAUGCUGAAGGAGAAAGAGAAAGAGAGGUUGUUCCUUUGGAUCUGCAAGUUCGCUGGCCGCAAGAAGGUCGGAAUGCUCUUCCUAUGUCUCAUCUCUGCUGCCGUGUUCGUCUGGGUUUUGUAUAUUGGAAAAGGUGAAGAUACUCCGGAAGUAAACACUGUGCAGAGCAUUAGUGUUAAUGAAAGCAUGUCUAUAAUUGAUUCUCCAUCUGAGAUCUCUAUGGCUAAUGCAAUUGGCUUGACUACAAAUUUGGCAUUACCACCUCCACCCCCUAGCUAUUUUUUGGGCUAUCAUCUUCCUCCGGGGCAUCCAUGUAAUAGCUUCACACUCCCUCCCCCUCCAGCUGAUAAAAAGCGUACUGGGCCACGUCCAUGCCCUGUAUGUUACCUUCCUGUUGAAGAAGCCAUUGCAUUGAUGCCAACAUGGCCCUCACCUUCUCCAGUUCUUAAGAAUUUAACAUAUAUCUAUGAAGAAAAUUUGAGUAGAGAUGGAGAAUUUGGUGGUUCGGAGUUUGGUGGAUAUCCUACCUUGAAGCAGAGAAAUGAUUCUUUUGAUGUACGAGAAUCAAUGAGUGUGCACUGUGGAUUUGUAAGAGGAAUUAAGCCUGGCCGCAACACUGGAUUUGACAUGGAUGAAGCUGACCUUCUUGAAAUGGAGCAGUGUAAUGGAGUGGUUGUUGCAUCAGCCAUAUUUGGAAAUUUUGACGAGAUAAAUGAGCCACAAAAUAUAAGUGAUUAUGCGAGGAAGACUGUAUGCUUCCUCAUGUUUGUAGAUGAAGAAACAGAAAAAUAUCUGCUGAGUUCUGGCAAGCUGGGAAUCAGCAAGAAGAUUGGUUUGUGGAGAAUUAUUGUUGCUCGCAAUCUUCCUUACGCAGAUGCAAGACGGACAGGAAAGAUUCCAAAGCUUCUGUUGCAUCGAUUGGUUCCAAAUGCUCGCUAUUCUAUAUGGGUUGAUGGAAAGCUUGAGCUUGUUGUGGAUCCAUAUCAAAUACUUGAAAGGUUUUUGUGGAGGAAGAAUGCAACUUUUGCAAUAUCAAAGCAUUAUAGACGCUUUGAUGUAUUUGUUGAGGCCGAGGCAAAUAAAGCUGCUAGAAAGUAUGAUAAUGACUCUAUUGACUUUCAGAUUGAGUUUUACAAGAAAGAGGGACUGACCCCAUAUACAGAGGCCAAGCUUCCUCUUAUAAGUGAUGUUCCUGAAGGAUGUGUAAUAGUACGAGAGCAUGUUCCUAUUAGCAAUCUCUUUACUUGUCUUUGGUUCAAUGAAGUUGACCGAUUUACUUCAAGGGACCAGAUUAGUUUCUCAACUGUCAGGGACAAAAUUUUGGCCAGGGUAGAUUUUCAUUUUAACAUGUUCUUGGAUUGUGAAAGACGCAACUUUGUAGUUCAGAAAUACCACAAGUCUGUAUUGCUGCUCCUGGCUCCACCAAGGGCAGUUGCUAACAUUCCUCCGCCGGCUCCACCACCUCCAUUGCCUGUGCUUGAAACAUCACCUGAAAACGUUGUAAUCUCACCCAUUAGAAAAGGCCCUGGAAAGCGUGGAAAAGAUAGGAAAUCUGGUUCUAGGCGCCACCGCAAAGUUGUUGCCGGAAGUAGAGACAUUGAACCAAGUUAAAAGUUUUGUUUGAGUGAUUAUAUAAUAUGUAUUUCAAUUCCACCUACAGAAAAAUCAUUCGUUGGAGAGCUGGAGGGAGAACGUGCAAGAUGAGUGUGUUGUAUUGUUUUUGCACAGAAGCUCUCAUUCUUUUUUUAUUUUGUGCAAUUGUCCAUUUUUGUUAAUUUUUUUGUUGUACAUAUAGUAAAAUUCUCAAUAAUUAUAACAUGGGUUGCCACUAAAUUCCUCACGUGGUAACCCUCCAUUAUCAGAGAAA